AUGAAUUCUCAGAGACUGCAAGAUAACAUUGUUGUCAUACCAUAUCUGGACACACGCGCAGGCAAACCAAUAACUGGACGACCUACUCGCUGUGCAAAUGCCACAUAUGGACUUGAUACUGGCAGCACUGUGAACAUCUAUGCUCCCUUUGCCUCCCAAAUGGACUGGGACAUUGCUAAAUGGGCGAAGCUAUGCGUGCUGUUCAGUGAUCGCCUUGAGCUUUCAUAUAAGAAUUCAAAAGAGCUCAACAAGAUUAUUGACAAGGACCUUCCUGGACGACCGAAGUUCAAGUGCAAACAAAUCAUUGUCGCGGGCGAAGCAUUCGAUGUCUUCUACAGAGACAUUAUUGAAUGUAUCAAAGUGUUGUACAGUGACCCUGACUUCGCCAAUUUUCUGGUAUUUGCACCAGAGCAUCACUAUACUGAUGAAGAUCAAACUGUACGGUUGUUUCAUGACAUGCACACCGGCCAGUGGUGGUGGGACACGCAAUGCUUGAUCAAAGACUGUCCAGGCGCCACGAUCAUUCCCGUUAUUAUAUCAAGCGAUAAAACCCAGGUGACAAUGUUCAGGAAUAAAAGUGCCUAUCCUCCAUCCCGUCACGCCCAUAUCCUUUUGGCAUAUUUGCCCACCACCCACCUUGAGCACAUUGUAAACAAAGCUUCGAGACACUGUACUGUCGCAAACCUCUACCAUGCAUGUAUGAGUCGCAUACUGGCUCCACUCAAGACUGCUGGUAUUGAUGGGCUGAUGAUGAGUAGUGGUGAUGGCGUACAAUGUCAUUGUCAUCCUUUGUUCGUGUGCUUUGCUGGCGACUAUCCCGAGCAAUUACUUGCUACUGGAGUGAAGGCAAUGGAGUGCCCGAAAUGUGACAUUCCUACUGAGGAACUCGGGAGUAACACAGCACCAUUCAAGAUAUGCAACCUUCACGCUGUUUUGGAUGCUCUUGCCCGGGUUGACGAUGGUGACCUGGCAUUUGUACAGGCAUGUCGUGAAGCUGGAAUUAAACCCAUCAUUCACCCAUAUUGGGAGGAUCUCCCUCACGCAAACAUUUUUCAGGCAAUCACACCUGACGUGUUACAUCAGAUAUAUCAAGUCAAAUAUGCUGGUUUUCUCCUCGGUAUCAUUAUCAACAUUCGACUUCCUGGAAAUCUUGCUUCGUCUCGCCUCCUCAAGGCCAUAUGUGGUCUUCUGGACUUCCUUUACCUCGCACAGUACCCGUGCCAUAGCUCUGAGACGCUACUUUUACUGGAUGAAGCUUGUGCUCUCUUUUACAACAACAAAGAUAUAUUCAUUGACCUCGGGAUCCGAAACAACUUUAACCUCCCGAAGCUCCAUUCAGGACGCCACUACUCGACUAUGAUUCAAACUUUUGGAACAACAGAUAAUUAUAAUACGGAGUACACAGAACGGCUGCAUAUUGAUCUUGCCAAGGAUGCCUACCAUGCGACUAAUCAUAAGGACGAAUUUACGCAGAUGACGAAGACCGCCCUCGCUCGUUAUAUUGCACAACAACAGAAUCCAAAUGAGGCGAUCACUCGUCAGUGCCUGGAAAAACUUGCUGCAGGUAUCCAUCUGCCUUUCCAUGCUGUCCCUGUACACCAUAAGAUAAAGUGGUUGUCGACUGAUGCUCAGGGACACGGCGAUCUGCUUGUCACAGUGGAUAGCAUACAUGCUAGACCCCAUCGCAAUGCCCUAUGA